UCAUCUAGUGUUGUUUUGUGUUUUGCUCUGGAUGGUUUGGUUUUUUUUCCUCUCAAUGGAAUUCAUAUUGAAUCGUUAAGUGUUAUCAUCAUCAUAACGAGUGCGAAAAUAGUGAAAUUGUGCUCAACAGAACUAUCCAUAUUGCAAACAUUUAAAUCAAACGAUAGCCACGGAAUGCAGCGAGGAGAACUCGAAUAAAGUGAAAAUGCUUCGCCUGAUACCGUCUUCGAUCGAAAUGCUUGCGAAUAAUAGUCGGACCUGGCUCAAGUUGUCACCACCGGUGGCAGCUAUCAGCAAGGCCAAUGGCAAUUUGCUGCUAAAUCGAAGGCAAUGCGCAACAUCACCAUCAUCGACAUCGACAUCUUCGACUGAUAACGCGGAAACGAUUCCAUCAACGGGCACACCAGCAAUCGUGAAGAGUCACAAGAAAUCAAUCAGUACUGCUCCCGAUUCUCCGCUAACGGACAAGUUUGGACGGUUCCACAGUUACUUGCGAAUAUCGCUCACCGAGAGGUGCAACCUACGCUGCAAAUAUUGUAUGCCAGCCGAGGGAGUUCAGCUUUCUGCCAAAGACAGUCUGCUCACGACCGCCGAGGUGCUCCGGUUGGCAAAUCUAUUCGUGCAAGAAGGCGUACGCAAGAUCCGUCUGACCGGUGGUGAACCGACAGUGCGCAAAGAUCUUACCGAUAUCGUGGAACAGCUGAAGCGCAUUCCUUUGCUGGAAAGUGUUGGCAUCACAACCAACGGCCUCAUGUUAACCCGACAGCUAGUUGGCCUGCAGCGGGCCGGGCUCGAUGCCCUCAACAUCAGCCUGGACACCCUGAAGGCAGCCAAAUACGAACAAAUUACCCGACGCAAGGGCUGGGAGCGAGUGAUCGCCGGUAUAGAUUUGGCUAUCCAGUUGGGCUAUAAACCCAAAGUCAAUUGCGUCCUGAUGAAGGGUUUCAACGAUGACGAACUGUGUGACUUUGUCGAGAUGACCCGGGAUCGAAAUGUUGACAUCCGAUUUAUUGAGUACAUGCCAUUCACCGGGAACCGAUGGGACACUAGUAAUAUGGUCGCGUUUCGAGAUGCUCUAGGGACGAUAACAGCUCGCUAUCCAAACCUGGAAACGAUGGAAAAUGGUCCGAACGAUACAUCCAAAGCUUUCCGGGUCCCUGGCUUCCAGGGUCAGAUCGGGUUCAUUAGCUCCAUGACGGAACAUUUUUGUGGUUCUUGCAACCGAUUACGCAUCACCGCGGACGGUAAUUUGAAAGUUUGCCUUUUCGGCAACACCGAAGUGUCCUUGCGAGACGCCUUACGAUCCGGAAGCUCCGAAGACGAUUUGCGUUGUCUGAUAUCGGCAGCAGUCAAGCGGAAGAAGAAGCAACAUGCAGAUUUGGUCCCGAAACUUAAUCGACUCAUCCUUCCAGCAUCAUCAUCUUCAACUUCAUCGGCACGUUUCUCGCACCUUCAACAACUCGUGGGAGUUAGGAGUUUUGCGUCGCUCAGUCAUGUGGACGAACGAACCGGCAAGGCCAGUAUGGUCGAUGUGGACGACAAGUAUGUCAGCCGACGGGAGGCCAAAGCGCAGGCAACGGUUUACGUGGGACCCACCAUUUCGGCACUCAUCGAAGGCAACGAGCUCAAGAAGGGAGACGUCUUGUCCAUUUCCCAGAUGGCAGGAAUUGUGGCCGCCAAGAAAACAUCCGAACUAGUCCCGCUGUGCCACAACAUUCCCUUGUCGUCGAUCAAGGUCGAAACCAGUCUGAACGCUGCCACCCAUGAGGUGCACAUUCUGACCAAGGUCAAAUGCGAGGGCAAAACAGGAGUGGAAAUGGAAGCCCUGACGGCGGCCUCGAUAGCCGCACUCACCGUGUAUGACAUGUGCAAAUCCGUGUCCCACGAGAUACUCAUCAAAAACAUUAUGCUAAUCGAGAAAACAGGCGGAAAAAGUGAUUACUUCAAGGCAUCGGCCAAACCGAAAGCAGUUUCGAAAAGCGAUGAUCCACCAAUCGUGGUCAAACAAUACAAACGAGAACCUAUCAAAAACGACGAAGACUUCGUUCCUAUUCAUCAUUGAAAAAACUGUUUCAACACGAGACCAAACCAUGUGCCUAUACAGUGAAACUUAUUAUUCCAGUCUGUAUUUCUAUUUUCCAAUAUUUUAAUCAAAUAUUCAUAUAUUCAUAUUAAAGUUAGAAGAAGAUAAUCGAGAAGAUUUACUCACCCAAUCAAUUGCAGUUCAAUCGUAAGAUUGUCCCCAGUCCAGGGACAUCUUACUGCAUCCUCGAGAUAUUGCUUGCAGCUCAACUAUCAGCUCUCCGUAGCUUUCCGAUGCCAACGCCUUAUGUUUGGACCCGUCAGCCAAUGUUUUUGGGUCACGCAUCUCCGGAUUCACACCUGUUAUCCAGCUCAUGGCAGCGGACCAGACGUUACUGAAUUUGGGCACAAAUAGUGGAGCCUGCAUCACCCGUUUCGACCCACUCAACGGGCAGUGAACCCUAGCAUAGCCUCGAUUCGUCUCGACGUUCCAGAAAUUGUUGCCAUACAAACUGAAAACAAUCUGCGGCCAACCGUGAGGGUUCGUAGAUUUCAGCGUAAACUCCAGCGGCAUAUUGAAUACCACCCUCCGAUAAUCACCACUACCGGAAGCACUCUGAGUGAUUCCGGAUCGCAUGCCCGAAAUCAGCUCCCAAUCUGGUCCGGCAAUGACAUCGUAUCGACAGAAAAGAUUGCCACCAUCCGGCCCCAUCGGGAAGUACGCCGAAUGCAGCUGGCCUGUGACCGCCAAAUGGAAGAAACUUUCUCCAUCACCGGCCCCAAUUUCCUUCAUGUUUGUUGGCCAACUUCCGGAAACACAAACCACAAACGGAUAUUUGUUUGGUACAUACUCCGUUGCUACGGGUUACAACCUAAAGUUGAAUGCAACAUUGCACCAUACUAAAUUUGAAUCAAUCCAAUAAGAUUUAGUGCAGCCGCGCGCAAAACUGUCAUUACGCGAGAAAUGCGGAACUUAAAUUGGUUAAGAGGUAUUUUGUUAAGUUUUCAUCUAUCAUUUUAGAAAUUAGUUUUUAUCCCAUUUCUUGUUUACAAUUUUAUGCAUACUCUCAAAUAAAUAAAAAUGU